GGGGCGGACUUGUAAACAUUUCAACGUGGAGUAGCAAUGUGCUACCCCCGUGGCCUCCUUACAUGAGUGCUGCGUGUUAGGUUCAGGAAAUGUAUAUUAGUUUACCUAAGCGAGUGGCGUUUAUGUGGCAACCUUUCUCUUAACUCAUAAGUUAGUUGCAGCUAGCAAACCUACAUAUGAGGCCUAUGUCAAAAUCGACAUGAAAAUUCUGUUUAUAGCUUGCCUCAGUCCCAAAACUGGAAACAACACAACAGCUGAGCGCAUAAGGGAUUACAUUGAAAGUGUGGGACACACCUGUGAGCUCAGAGAUGCAGCACAGUUUCAGUCUUCUGCUGAGGUGGCACAGCUACUGUCCCAGGAUCCCCUCUUUGACGGUGCACUAGCAAUUCAUCUAUUUAAAGCUGGGCGACUGCUCUUAGAUAUCCAAGUACCUUUUGGUGUUAUCUUUGGAGGAACUGACAUAAACGAAGACGUCAAAGUCGAACAGAAGCGUUUGAUAAUGGAGCAGGUGCUACAAAAAGCCAGGUUUGCUGUUGCCUUUACUGAGAAGAUGAGAGAAACAUCUGGAUUAUUCUUGUUUUCCCAGAGGGGUAAAGUUUAUGUUCAACCCCAAGGCAUACAGACGGCCAUUGCUCAAACAUUCUGCUGGACAGAAUUCUUAAGGUGCACAGAUGUUAGCACAGCGCAUGUGGAUGAACUACGGGUCUUCCUCUUGGUCUGUGGCCUGAGAAGAGUCAAGGACCCCCUCUACCUGGUCCGGGUCUUCUCAGAGUGGCAUUGUCAGGAUCCUCUGAAUGUCCUAAUUAUUAUUGGGCCAAAGAUUGAUCCUGUUUUUAGCUCUGAAGUUGAGUCUGUGAUUCAAAGAACAGCAGGGGUCUACAUGGCCCAGGAGAGGAGCCAACGGGAGCUACACGCUGCCAUGAAGAAGUGUUUUGCUGUGGUUAACAGCUCCAUCUCAGAGGGCAUGUCUGCGGCCAUCUUAGAGGCUAUGCACCUAGGAGUCCCUGUGGUGGUUCGGGACAUUCCGGGAAAUACAGCCAUCGUGGAGCAUGAGAUCACCGGUCUGCUGUACUCAUCUCCUCAGGAUUUUGUGGAUCAAUCUCAGAGGCUGUUGUCAGAUCCUGAGCUGAGAGAGAGACUGGUGAGGAAUGGGAAAGUCUAUGUGGAAGAGCACCACAGUGUGAAACAGGAGCGGGAGACAUAUCAGAGAUUAGUGGCCACUUUACACUAAGUUCCUUUCCUGUCUUACAUACUGUUAUAACCUGUUUUACAUUAGCUUAAACCAAAGAAGUUAUACAUUGUCCAGUGUUUAUUUAUGAUUUAUUUAUAUGCAAAAAAUGUCAGUAGAUAAGUUUUUUUUUUUUUUUCAAACGGUGGCAAUCUAGGUCUUAAGUUGUGUUAAGAAGGUACAUGUUAAGAGUGGGGUGAUUUUAAGAGUAUAUUUAGUAAAAUUAUUUAGUUUACAAUAUACAGUAUAGCGUUGGGCAUUAUUUUUAUUUUUCUGUUUGAAAAAUGGAACUGAACAGCUCAAAACAAAAAGGGCAAUCAAUCAGGGCAAAAUUGUGCCUGUUGAAGACAAUAAGCAAAUAAUUGUAUAUGGGCUGCUGGACAAUUGCUAGAGAUGUGCUGUUUAUAAAUAAACUUUGAAUGUAUAUUACUCUGUACUGUAGACCGAUCUUUACAAAUAUUUUACUGUACACUAAUGUUUGUUCAUAAAGUGCCUUUUUAAUUGACAGUGAACAAAACUAAAAGUGGAAAAUAUACAUCUGUGUUUUUAUGAUAAAAAUUGUUCAACAUAAAUCAAUAAAAACAUAUCUUGGA